UUAAAACAUCAACACAACACACAUCCACGACGCCGCGCCGCGCCGCCGCCUGCACCAGUUCAUUCUUCUUCGAUCUCUUCUUCUUCCUCCCCCAUUCUUUCCUUUCUUCCUGUUUUUUCUUCCUUUUUCUAUUUAUUUUCUUCUUCUUCUCCACCCACGCUGCUGCUCGGAUUCGGCGUCUUCACCCACCCUCCCUGCUCGGCGCCGGUGACUGCUAGUGUCUGACCGGUGAGCCUGGGCAGAUGCAGAUCUACAUUCAAAAAAAUAUACUCCAUAUAAGUGGCGAACCGCCGGUUCAAACCGUAAACCGGCGGUUCACAGUGAAUCUUCUUUACGAGAGGCCGUACAGCACAGCGUCGAUUUCAUCUAUGCUCUAGUUUCUACCCGCAUUCUUCUCCCUCCCACUCGAUCUUCUCUACUCACAUGCAAUUCCAAUCCACCUGCGUACGAUUCGUUUCCAAGCAAGUAGGCACCAGCUCCUGCAACCUACUCCCACACCACAAUUUUCCACUCUAUUAAGCAAGGGUGCGAGGGGGAAUUUCUAUCUGUAAUCCAGAUUUAUCAAAGAACUGCCAUUUCAUUUCUAGUUGCUGCCCAUCAUAUGCCUGCAGUCAGAUGGUGCAGAAUACUGCAGCAAUGGAAUUUCGUGGCAGAGCAUCACUUACGGCAUGUACAGCCCUUUCUACAUCGUUGUGUCUUAUCAUCCAUAGCUCAACCUUGCCAGAACCAGCUCAUGCACAUGGAGGAGGUUCAUUCCUCAAUACGGAAGUUCGAUUCUCAUGUAUAUGCACGAAUGCUCCAGCAAUACUUACGUGUGAAUGAGCCGAUCAAAGGAAGGAUUCUCCAUUGUCACAUUGUGAAGAUGGGUAACUGCCUAGACUUGUUCGCUAACAACAUUUUGUUAAACUUGUAUAUGAAAAGUGGGUUUAUUUCGGAUGGGGUUAGGUUGUUUGAAGGUAUGUUGGACCGAAAUGUUGUUUCAUUUGUUACCAUGAUCCAGGGAUAUUCGCAGUUGGAGGAAAAUGAUAAAGCUGCUGGUUUGUUCUUUCAGUUGUGUAAAGAAGGGCACGAGCUUAAUCCUUUUGUUUUCACUACAACUUUGAAGGUAUUUGUGAAGUUGGAUUGGGUGGAGUUGGUUUGUUGCAUUCAUGCUUUUAUCCACAAGCUCGGUCAUGAUUCGGAUGCAUUUGUUGGGACAUCCCUUAUCGACGCUUAUUCAGUUUUUGGGUUUGUGGAAGCUGCUGAGAAAGUGUUCCAGGAGGUUAUCGAAAAGGAUAUGUGUUGUUGGACAGGAAUGGUGGCUUGUUAUGCUGAGAACAAUUGUUUCGAAGAGGCUUUCUACCUUUUUAAUAAAAUGAGAAAGAAAGGUCUGGUGCCGAAUAAUUUUACUUUUGCAAGUGUUCUUAAGGCUUGCCUCAGUCUUGAUGAUGUUGAUGUGGGAAAUAGUCUCCAUGGUUGUGUUUUGAAAACUCGUUACGAGUUGGAUCCAUACGUUAGUACUUCAUUGCUUGAUCUGUACACCAGGCUCGGGGACAUCAAGGAUGCUAGGAAAGUAUUCGAGGAGAUCCCUAAAGAUGAUGUUGUUACAUGGAGUUUCAUGAUUGCUCGGUAUUCACAGAGUAAUCAUUGUGAAGAGGCCUUAGAUUUGUUUCUUCGUAUGAGGCAAGCCCUGGUAAUCCCUAACCAGUUCACUUUAGCGAGCGUUCUGCAGGCAUCUGCAACAAGUGGAUGCCUGAAUUUCGGAACACAAAUCCACUCCCUCGCGCUCAAGGUCAGUCUUGAUAAAAAUGUGUUCGUUUUGAAUGCGCUCAUGGAUAUGUAUGCAAAGUGUGGAAACAUGGAGAGUUCGAUGGAUUUGUUCGUGGAUUGCGGAAGCAAAAAUGAGGUUUCUUGGAACACAAUGAUAGUUGGUUAUGUCCAUCUUGGAGAUGCAGAGAAGGCUUUCGAAAUGUUCUUGAAUAUGUGUCGAGAGCGAGUUGAAGCAACUGAUGUAACAUACUCCAGUUUGCUUUGUGCUUGUGCAGGUUUGACAGUUUUGGAUGCCGGCAUUCAAAUACAUGGAAUGACGGUGAAAACCAAGUAUGACGAAGAUGGAUCUGUCUGCAAUGCUCUUAUCGACAUGUACGCCAAAUGUGGACGGAUUAAGGAUGCUCGCGUGGUGUUUGAUUCGAUGAACAAUCACGAUAUCAUCUCCUGGAAUUCGAUGAUUUCGGCAUACUCCGUGCAUGGUCUUGGAGCCGAGGCUUUGAAAGUCUUCGAGAGUAUGCAAGAAACAGACAUUAAGCCAAACCAACUGACCUUCGUUUCUGUGCUGUCGGCGUGCAGCAAUACAGGAUCAUUAGAUCAAGGGCAAUCGUACUUCACUUCUAUGCAAGAGGAAUACGGCGUCGAACCUUGUAUGGAGCACUACACUUGUAUGGUCACACUUCUUGGAAGAUUAGGACAUCUCGACAAGGCUGCAAAAAUCAUCGAAGAAAUCCCAAACAAGCCUACCGUCAUGGUAUGGCGAGCUUUACUCGGCGCUUGCGCAGCACACUGCAACCUGGAGCUUGGGAGAUUCGCUGCUGACCGGUUACUUGAGAUGGAACCCGAAAGCGAGUCGACUUACGUCCUUUUGUCGAACAUGUAUGCAGCAGCCAAGAAUUGGGACAACAUGGUAUCUAUCAGGAAAAGAAUGAAGAACAAAGGGGUGAAGAAAGAGCCAGGGCUUAGCUGGGUUGAGCAUCAGGGGAUAGUUCACUACUUCGCUGUUGGAGAUGAUUCUCACCCUGAUGUUAAACUAAUCCGUGGAAUGCUCGAAUGGCUGAGUUUCGAAAGCAGGAAGACAGGUUACGCCCCGAAUCAGGACACGGUUUUACUCGACGUGGAAGAAGACGAGAAGGCGAGGAUGCUGUGGCUACACAGCGAGCGGAUAGCUUUAGCUUUUGCCCUCGUAAGAACGCCUCCCGGAAGCCCUAUUCGGAUAAUGAAAAACCUCCGGAUUUGUUCUGACUGUCACGUCGCCAUCAAGCUCGCAUCGAAGCUGGUUCAACGCGAAAUCGUUGUAAGAGAUAUUAACAGGUUUCAUCACUUUGAAGAUGGCAUUUGCUCUUGCAAUGACUACUGGUGAGAUAUUAACAUGUUUGGAUUUUACAGUCGAAACCAACAAAAAUGGAAAAGAUCCAAAACUCAGAGAACCCAACAGAAGGACACCAUUAUUGCUUCAAGUUACCACAAAAACCUUGAACAUACAUACGUACAUACAGAGUUUGGUGUUCAAGAACUGAGUCACUUUGGGAAGCCAAAUCCUUUUCUGAGCUUGAUAAUGGAGGAAUACAUUUUCCUCCGGGAACCGACUGCAGUGAUUCCCAUGUCCUUAAGAUCCUCCAAAGUUAACAUGGGGAGCACUUCAUCGUCUACCUCGUGAAUUUCGAAGACAGGGGAGUAUCUUCCCAACCCUAACCCUAAUAGCCACUCCCUCACCCCGACAUUGCUGCCUUCCUCGUUGUGAUGCAAUCCGUUGCUGCCUCCUCUG